AUGGCUCCGCCGAACGCGGCCAGGGCGCUCUGCGCCGCCGUCUCCCGCCUGAGCGUCCCGCGCCGCCCCCGCUCCGCGCCCGCCGCCGCGCCCCGCGGGGCCGCCCCACCGCCGGCCGAGGACAGGGAGGCAAGGCCGGUGCAGCCGCCGAUCCCUCCGCGGGGUGCGGAGCGAGGUCCCCCGCCGCCACCACCGCCCGCCGUGGACUUCGGGGACCCGGAGGAAGCGUUCCGCAGCAAGAGCAGCGCCGAGCUGCUGCGGGGGCUGCUGGUGCUGGGGCUCUGCGCCGUGGGGCCGCUGGUGGAGCACAACCGGGAGCUGCUGCAGCUAUGCCAGAAAGUGCUGGGGCAGGCGAUGUUCGAGCGGCUGAUGAAGAUGACCUUCUACGGGCAGUUCGUGGCCGGGGAGGACCAGGAGGCCAUCAAACCGCUCAUCCGGCGCAACCAAGCCUUCGGCGUGGGCGCCGUGCUGGACUACAGCGUGGAGGAGGACCUGGGCUCCGGGGAGGCCGAGCGCUCGGAACGGCGCUCCGGCACCUCUGCAGCUGAGAAGAUGGGAGGAGCAGAACAAAGGGAGGAGAAGCAGCAGCCAGGCUUUGGGGAGCGCCGCGGUGGGGCCAGCAGCACCCACACCUAUGUCUAUGCUGACGAGGCCAAGUGUGACCAGCACAUGGAGACCUUCCUCCGCUGCAUCGAUGCCUCAGGUGGCAGCUCCGAGAAUGGCUUCUCAGCCAUCAAGAUGACUGCACUGGGCAUACCUCGGUUCCUGGUGCGGCUCUCAGAGGUGCUGGUGAAGUGGCGGAGGUUCUUCCACCAGCUGGCUGUGGAGCAGGGCCAGGCUGGGCAGCCAGCACUGGCCAUGAAGAUGAAGGUGGAGAAGCUGCAGGAGGCCUUGGCCAAACUUGGCAUUGCCACCAAGGAAGAGAGCCAGCAGUGGUUCACUGGAGAGAAGCUGGGCAUGAGUGGCACUGUGGACCUGUUGGACUGGAGCAGCCUGGUCGACAGGCGUCCCAAGCUCUCCAAGCUGCUGGUCGUGCCCAACAUGCAGACCAGGCAGCUUGAGCCACUGCUGUCUCGCUUCAGCGAGGAGGAGGACCUGCAGAUGCAGCGAGUCCUGCAGCGCUUGGAUGUCCUGGCCAGGAGAGCCAUAGAGAAGGGUGUGAGGCUGAUGGUGGACGCAGAGCAGAGCUACUUCCAGCCAGCCAUCAGCCGCCUCACCCUGGAGGUGCAGCGGCGCUUCAACAGGGACCAGGCUGUCAUCUUCAACACCUACCAGUGCUACCUGAAGGAGGCUUAUGACAAUGUGACCGUGGACCUGGCACUGUCCCGCCGGGAGGGCUGGCACUUUGGCACCAAACUGGUCCGUGGUGCCUACAUGGAGCAAGAAAGGGAGAGGGCAGCCAGGAUGGGCUAUGAGGACCCCAUCAACCCCACCUAUGAGAAGACCAACGAGAUGUACUACAGGUGCCUGGACCACAUCCUGGAGGAGAUCAAGCACUCUGGGAAGGCCAGCGUGAUGGUGGCCUCCCACAACGAGGACACUGUCACAUUCACCCUGCACAGGAUGAGGGAGCUUGGGAUCCACCCCUCGGAGAAGAAGGUUUGCUUCGGGCAGCUGCUGGGCAUGUGUGACCAGAUCACCUUCCCCCUGGGCCAGGCAGGCUUCCCGGUGUACAAGUACGUUCCGUACGGGCCGGUGCAUGAGGUGCUGCCCUACCUGUCCCGGCGGGCGCAGGAGAACCGCCACUUCAUGCAGAGGGUGACUCGGGAGCGGGACCUGCUCUGGGGAGAGGUCAAGAGGCGGCUCCUGGCCGGCAGCCUCUUCAGCCCCGGCCGCUAG